AUGCCGGGCAGUAAAGCUUACCCUUCACUGGCAGGCUCCUGGAAGUUCAUGAUGCUCGCAGCCGGCUUGUACGAGCCCUUGCGUUAUGCAUGUUGGAGGUUGGGCGAGAAUGUUGGAGGCGUGGGAGGGAUCGGAGGACUGUGCAAUCUGCAAAACCCGGACGAGUGCAGCACUUUUUCAGGCCAUGCUGGCAGUUAUUGCUUCAAGCCUGGUGUGUGGGCUGGUCUGACUGGCUUUGCCAUUGUAGUGCUUCUGGUAUGGAUCUCCCCCCUUCUGCUGGGGGCUCUCCGCAUGUCAGUCUCUUCUUCGAAGGGUGAGACUCCAAUUGAAGAAGAAGGCCGCGAUGGUGAUAAUCAUCGAGUGGCAUCAGCGGAGGUGGGCCUUCUUGUUACCAUUUGGUCAGGAUUGUCGGUCCUCUGGUUUGCCAUGCCGUUGACUUACAUGCUGGCGGACACAUUCUACCAAUCGAGUUUUUCUGGUGUUCUCCUGGCCGUUGCUUUGGCAGCGGCGUUUCCUCUCAGCUGGCACCUGUCCUUGUUGGCUGUACCUGUUAGCCAAGCUGUCGGUCCCUUCAUAGGUUUGGGAAGGCAAGGUACAAUUGAUCUCCACAAGGCCCUGGGCUGGAGGACUGCCGGCUGGGCUGCGAUUCAUGCCUGUGGAGAGCUUAUCUACGUCUUUAGGACAAGCGGCCUGCAGAUGCUUUUCCAACUUUCAGGAGAGAACGGAGAUCAUCUGUUUUAUUUGCUGGGGCUAAUCGCAGCACUGAUGCUGCUCGUGCACACAGUGGUGGCCUUCUACCGCAAACACCCACGCAUCUCCAAGUACUUUAAGGCUUCCCAUCGCACCACCGCCAGCUUGGUGUUGCUCGCUGCCACAGCCCAUUGGGCACCUUUCGCGCUCUUCCUGCUCCCAUCGGCAGCUGCAUAUGGGGCUGCAGCUGCCACUGUCAUUUGCUCACGCUUCGGCCGCAAGGCCUCGACGCCCAGGGCAUGUUUGGCGCUCGUGGCCGCCAUCCUCGGAGCCGUGGCAGGCCUGCUGGUGGUUUGGAAGACUCGGGAGACAGUCAUGAUGUCCAGGGAUGUCGGCCUUCUUCUUCCUUUCAUCUUUCCACCGCUGGCGCUGCUGGCGGAGGUCGCAGCUGCGAUGCUGGUGUGCCUUCCGGUGCUGCUAACGGCUCCUGCCAUGUCCGCCGGUGCCGAAGGGCAUUCAAUGCAGCUGAUGGGAUGA